AUGGAAGCCCCAUACCCAAUGGCUGGGCAACAGAUUCAAUUCUACCAAUACCGGCCAGACUCGGACGCACGACAUAACGCUGUGUUCACGCCCAUGCCUGGCGAGCAACCAGUCUUCAGCCCCAUGGCCGGAUAUCCUCAUCCUCAAUUUGUGCCCGCCCAGUAUUGGCAAGCACCUCACCCUCAUUUCACGCAUGCCCAUAUCAUGUCACAGCAGAUGAUGCACCACGCGCGGCCCUCGCCGCCUCUGACACUGGCCAUGCCCAUGCCCAAGAUGAUGCUUGAGAGCCAUGGCCAGCUGGAGCACGGAAGGUAUCUGGAGAGCAGGCACUCUUCACCACCAACUCCGUGCUUGUCAGCGUGCCCCAGCACGGCGAGCAGCCCACCGGCCAGCAGCGUGCACCAGACGCCCGUGCACGGACCUGGCUACUUCAACCUGCCCAUUGAGGCCUCCAAGGAGGAGUACCAUCCGCUGCAGUACUUGGACGAGUGGUCGGAGAACGGACAAGUUCACGUUUUCCCGCAUCCCGGCGAUGCCAAGCUCGUGCCCACCAACUCCUUCUCCAGCGGCUGCACUUCGCCUUCAUUCACCCCUGCAACUCCCCAAUCUCAGGUUUCGCCUGCAGCUGCGUACCCCGUCGCUGAAUUUGUCAACCUGCGAGAACUGACGUCGACCUCGUCGUUUGAGCCUGUGCUGUCGGCCCCCGUCCAGAGCUUCCCGCCUCUGCCUACGCUGUCGGCCGAAGACGAGGAGCCCAAGUUUGCCCUUGCCAGCGCUUUCCCAGUGACACCCGAGCAUGACACAGCCGACCCCUUCACCCUCUCUGAGAAUCCUACCUUUGAGUCGUCGUUCUGCACCGAGCUCGACUCGGAAGACGACUUUGGAUUCGUAAACUUCACCGAGGCUGAGAUUGCUUACAACGGCGACAAGCGACAAAAGCUGUCCUUGACCGAAGAGGAGGAUUUCUUGAGUGUCCACAGCUUUGGCAGCUUUGAUGAGGACGCCCACGCCGGGCUCCCAUCUCCUCCCACCUCCACCUUCUCGGACUCGGGCUCCUGCUGCUCUAGCAAGAAGAAGACUCACCGCAAGAUGAAGCGCACCGGAUCUACCGACAGUGACUUUACCUACCAAGAAAUGACCGACGCCGAAGGUCAAAUGAACCAUCAGGCCGAGGGUCAGUCUUCGUCAGCCUCUCAGCAGCACAGCUCUGUUGACGACAACGGCGCCACCGUGAACGCCGACGGCUCUUCACAACAGGCCCCAGCGAACCGUCGAGGCCGCAAGCAGUCCUUAACCGAGGACCCCUCCAAGACUUUCGUCUGCACACUCUGCUCUCGCCGCUUCCGCCGCCAGGAACAUCUCAAGCGUCACUACCGCUCUCUCCACACUCAAGACAAGCCAUUCGAGUGCAACGAGUGUGGCAAGAAGUUCUCUCGCUCAGAUAAUCUUGCUCAGCAUGCCCGUACUCACGGCAGUGGAGCGAUCGUCAUGGGUGUUCUCGAGAACGGAGAGCUCCAACCUCACCAACCAUACGACGAAGAGAUGGGCCAUGUCCUAUUCGAGGCCGCUCAACGCGCCGCCCUUGCAUCUUCUUCCAGCAGCAACGCAUCUGACUCGUCGUCGUCUGAAGGCAGCAAGCGUGCACUCAAGAAGAGAAAGCGAGAUGAAUCCCUGUAA